CAAUUUUCAAUUCUUCAAUAAAAUCCGUUUAGUAACAACUCUUUCGGUGUAAAAAUUCUUAAAAAAUAUAUAUAUAUACAUCAUUUCCUACAUUUCUUGGCUUAUAAAUUCGAAAUUUUCUACAAAAUUAAAAAAUGCUUGUUUCAGCUAUUUGCGGUCGAUCCAUAAGUUGUGGAGGGCAACAACUUGUGUCUAAGGGUCUUCUUUCAGGUUCCAUUAUUGCUAAGGCGCUAGCUGCAAAACGAUUUGUAAAUUACCGUGCCGAAUGUUCCAAAGAUGGUACAUCUAUAAGGCCUCCAAAGAACAAGACAAAAUCAAUGUGGCUAAAUCCUGAAUGUUGUCUGGAUCCAUGUCCCGAUUUACAACCGCGUUUCGAUGAACUCUACUAUAAGCCGUCAGAUAAGAUGAAACGAAAAUACACGCAAACAUGGGUUGAGUGUCCGAAAAUAAUGUAUGCUCGAAAGAAAAUUUGCUGCUAUGAUAAUAUCAUACCGCCAGCUUUUGAGCGGCGCAUGCACAAGCGAAGAAAGGCUUCAGAAGAAUGCAAGCCCAGGCCAACCGAUCUGAUGCCAUGUAAGACUAUGUCAAGAAGUAUCUGCCCGAAGUUUGUUUUACCUGGUUGUACAGCCGUACGUGAUCCAGCAAAAUGUGGUAGACCCCGUCCGAAGAGAAGUUGUGUUAAAAUCUGUACACCAUAUCCGAGCUUUUCGGAGUGUACCAAAAAGAAACCCCGUCCACCUCGGUCAGUCGAGUGUCGUUGCUUAGAUAUUCCAUCUAUGUGUGAUGUCUUUAGGUUGUUGAAACGCGCACACGGACAUCGCAAAAUAUGAAAGAAAGAAAGUGAAGCAGUAAGCAUAUAGAAUACAAAAAUUUCAAUUUAUUUUUAUCAAAAUUUUCUGUAGUUUGUAAACAAAAUAUUUUUAACUGUAACAAUUAUUAUGGCAAAAAUAAAAAUUGCAAAUUUUACACUAUAAAAA